UCGUAGUUCCAUUGCAAUCAACGUCGAAACCAAAUCAUCCAUAUCCAAUUGUCUUGAUUUCUCUUUAUCCAUUCUCAAAUUCUCAACAACAAUGCCGAGCCGAUUCCCCGGAGCCCUAUCUCAAGAUUGGGAGCCAGUAGUUCUCCACAAGGCAAAGCCAAAAGCUCAGGUCCUUCGUGAUCCGAAGGCAGUAAACCAAGCGAUACGAUCCGGCGCACCGGUUCAGACAGUGAAGAAAUUCGACGCCGGCUUGAACAAGAAAGUCGCAGCGGCGCCAGUGAACGCAAGGAAGCUGGACGAAGGGACCGAACCGGCAGCGCUGGACCGGGUGGGGGUUGAGGUGAGACAGGCGAUUCAGAAGGCUCGAGUGGAGAAGAAGAUGAGCCAAGCAGAACUGGCGAAACAGAUUAACGAGCGGACUCAGGUUGUGCAGGAAUAUGAAAAUGGGAAGGCGGUGCCGAAUCAGGCGGUUUUGGCAAAGAUGGAGAAGGUUUUGGGCGUGAAGCUUCGAGGGAGAUCGGGGAAAUGAGAUUUUGGGACCAAAAGCGUUUUCUCAUGUUGCGGUUUAAUGAAGGAUUUUGGUGGUUGUUUAUUGGAUGUGUGAAUAUUGUGGGAAAUGGGAUUGAGUGGAAGAAAUGAGAGUCGUUGAUUUGUAAAGUACAUUAAAGUUUAGUUUUCAUAAGUUUUAAUUAAUUUGACAUUUUCAACGAGUUCAUACCAA